AUGUUUUUGCGUGCGCUGAUUUACUUCUCUUCCCUUGCCCUGCUCUUCAGGUUAAUCUGGUCUACAUAUUUCUUCCGCAAACUCCAUCUUCACAGCAGCUGCACCAAAAGGGAAUUCCUCGGAAAACCGUUCUUAUUCCCGGCAAAACUCUCCCACGCUCGUCGCUUCCCCGUGACUGAGCGCUAUAAUUACUGGUAUGAUUAUUUCAUGAUCGGUAUCCCAGUGGGCCUCCGUGGCCGUGUCGGGAAUCUCUUGUCCAUCGACAAUAUCCCUUCCAAAGAGAGGUGGUGGCAGAAAUGCUGGUUCACGAUUGAUGCGGCCUACUACCUUGACCCCGGGAGUGGUGAACGCAGCCUGGAAGAGAAACUACAUGUUUUUCUUCGAUCAGUGGACCAAAACCCAAAGGAUUAUCCGUAUGCGUAUCUCCUCAGUGUCCCCAGAUUCCUAUGGUGGCAGAAAAGUGCCAUCAACUACUGGUAUCUAUACUCUCCCUCGCGCGAACUAACGGCCAUGAUCAUGGAGAUCAACAACUCUUUCUACGAGAAGCGGAAUUUCUUCUUCUCGCUCGCCCCGGCCGGCUCACAGAAAGAAGACAUUUGUGAAGUGUCGCAAACAGUCCCUGCUAGAUCUCAGAAUGGGCUCACCCAGCCGGAAGAACUCGUGUUUCGAACAUCCCUCUCGAAAUGCACCAACUAUAAAGGGUCAUGGGAGAAGAGCAUCUUCGGAUCCCCGUUCGAAAAGGUCGGUGGCUCAAUGCCGGCUAAAUUCUCUGAUAUGUUGAGUGAAGUUCCUCCGCGACUGCAGUCGACCCUCAGCUCAGUCAGCCCCGAGGGACAGAUAAAGGUGACGAGUCGGUUAUCGUCUUGGGGCGAUGCGGUUGAUGCGUUGGAUUCGUCCUCGUGGACGAUUAUGAAGUUUGUUAUGCGAUGGACACAUGUCGGUGCCCUCUCAGCACCACGAAUUGUCAAAGAGGCUCUGAGGGUCCGGUUCAGGGGAGGGUUGAAGUAUUUGCAGCGGCCAGAAGUUAGGAAGGGGAGUAUCGCACGAAAGGAAACUCCCGUUGAAAGAUCCUUAGAACUGGUAUUCUGCGAAUACCUCUCUCAGCUCAUCAAGCACUGCAAUAUCCCCCUGACAUUGAAAUAUACUCCGCCCAAAACAAUCAGCUUCGAGCCGAUCACUUUCCACUCUCCUGUACCCCCCACCUCGCAUCCUCGACCAAGUCUCGAAAUCUGCCCCAUAACACCUCGAUUCUACACAAGUAUCACGCAGUACCGAACCGCAAAACAAGGAUUCCUGGCAGAAUGUAUGCCAUGCAUAACCGAAGCCGACGAUACAUCUUCCCGUCUGUAUGUGUCUGACUGGACCUUAUUGACUGAUUUACUUGACCGCGCAACACCAGCCCUUGAUGAUACUCUAAGCUUAAAAUCCAGCACCCCCGGAUUCCAAUCGCGAUGGAAAUGCGCUGCAGCCAACCAUCUCAUCCCAUGGCUGCGUCGGUCAUCGGCAUCCGAGACAACCUUUAUGGCUCGAUUCGUUUCGGUGAAUUGUGCGCCAGAUACGUAUUGGAAGUAUCGAAAAUGUGUAUUCCAUCAUCUUUUGUCGCUGAUGUUGCCGAUUGAGUCUCAAGCGGUUGUGCAGUUGUGCUUUAUCAUGGUGAGGAUGGUGUUGGUUGGUGUGGGGUUGGAGAUGGCUGUGCGAAUCGAUGGGGUUAGGGCUUGGUUGGAAUAUCUGAGCAUUGGUCCGGUGUCUGGGUCGGUUGUUUAUGCUGGGUGGGAUUUGUUGGAGACUUAUCUGGGGGAAUACUAUCUCAAUCCGUUUGGGUGGGGGGAGGGGUUGUAA